AUGGCGUCGUCGGCAGCUUCUGCAGAACCAGGAUGCGCAGCAGGGCCCGAAACCAAAGUCUCGAACGAUAGCCCUGCAGAGACUGAUCUCCCAAAGCUAUCGGCCGCAGACUUCAGCGAAUACAACCAAUUGGCAGACAUGAUGAACGCAUAUCACAACCAUUUCCGCCACACGUGGAACAUCCUCUACAAAACAUGCACCUCGGGCUCCCGACCGGGAGGCAUGUCCAUCCGCUCCUUCUUAAACCAAGGCCUCCAGCUCUGCCGACAGCUAACGAUGCACCACACGAUCGAAGAGCAGUACUUCUUUCCCCCGCUCGCGACGCGCAUGCCGGUUUUUGCGGAGAACGACCACCUGAUCUCGCAACACGAGCAGAUCCACGAAGGCCUGGUCAAACUCGAGGAGUACCUCGAUGCGUGCCGCAAGGGCGAGCGGGAACUGAGGCUGCCGGAGUUGAAGGAGGUCAUGGAUUCGUUUGGGGAGGUGCUGUGGGCACACCUCGACGAUGAGGUGAGGACGUUGGGGGCCGAGAAUAUGCGGAGAUAUUGGACGAAGGAGGAGAUUGCUGCGAUGAAUCUUCAUUGA